AUGCUAGAGACCUUGCCGAGUGAGAUUCUGAUGCUGAUCGCAGAUUGGCUGCCAGCUACCACUCUGCGCGUUCUCAGCCGCGCCUCGUCCAGAUUGUAUGCAGUGUUGAUUCGUCGGAUAUACCGUACAGUGUCAUUCUAUGCAGCAAGUGAAUGGGCACUGAAUGUGUUGGAUGUCGACCCCUUCUUUCGCCAUCUCGGUCCUUCACGAGCCGCGGACUAUCUCCAGCACACGCGGCACCUACAGUUCAGGGCUCCAUUUCAUCUUGUUCGGUUUAAUCGAUGUGUAUACUACAACAUCUUUCGUGCGACGGGGCUGUCGGAGUCCCCAGCCCCACUAGGAGCAUCGGAUGAGGCGACGGCACAUCAGCAAUUCCUGGACGACGUGAAGGAUCAGUUGCAGCUGAUAUUCACUUACUUGGAGCCGAAUAGACUGAGAACAUUUGAAUGGCGACUGGGGACGUGUGUUCCAGUGGGGGUUCUCGACCAGGAAGGUUAUCUCAGUCAGUACCAACAGGGCCUCACUUGUCUCUCACUCGUCACUGACGGCACCUGCCCUGAUACGUCGCACCGCUUGGAAGGAAUAUCCAGACUAACCUGUCUGACGGCGUUUGAGUGGGAAGGACUCCAACAUCCGUCCGAGGUUGAUUUGUUGCGACGGUGUAUCCGUCAGAACUGGAAAUGCCUGGAUCAUCUGUCCAUCGGCUUCGUUCCAUCGGCUUUUGCCCGUGCUCUGUGUUGGCAGAGUUUUGGGCUUCAGCAAUCGGAGCUUGAGGACGGGGACAGAGGGGCCGGCGGCACUACGAACGGGGAUACAGGGAUUGCGAAUCCCCCAGCUCUUUCCGCUCUGUCCACGCUGUCAUUGUCAAAGGUGACCUUGCCACUGGAUAUCUUAUCGGAACACAAUGCGAUAUUCUACUCUCUGCGGUCGCUUACGCUGCGUGACUGCCCGAAUCAGCUGCAUCUCGUGCAAUUACUGUAUUGGUCACAAAAGCCGCUCCGACUGACGCAUUUCGAAUUCUCUUUCGAUUAUCUGCUGCACGAACCGGGCGAAGGAUGUAGCCUUUCUGCUGUUGUGCGGUUCUUAUGUUCAUUUCGUGGGCUGCAGCAUCUGCAUUUGAGGUUGUCCAAUUUCCCAUCGUCAAAAUCCCAUAUCCAGGACACCAUCCGACACCACCAGACCACGUUGAAAAGCCUUGUCUACCACGAGCGCCAACUCGCACCAAUCGAUGCUGAUGGCUUAUUUGAGGAUGAUCGGGAUGUGUCGCCCGCUUGGGUUACGAACUUGUCUGCCGGUGUAGACCUGGGCCAGGUGUUUGCUCUGGCUUUGUGUGCUAGUCCAUCUGCGGCUCGUCGGUGUCUUCUACCUACGGCCAAGUAUUCCCAGCUUCAGAUUCUACAUCUGCGGUUCAGCGGCCUCGAGCGACUCCAUCGAGACAUCCCACGCGAGAUUGCCACUUAUAUACGUGAGAUACGCAAAGGAUAUUCACGGUAUCCUCGUUCGUGCUGGAGUUCCGUGGACCGGGAUAUCUCCAAUGGUAGCCACAACUACCGUCCUAUUGUUGAUGAGUACUUUGACAGGUCACACCUCGAGUAUAAAGACUCGCAGGAGGCAGUGCUUAUAUCCUCUGCGGCAAUUGCAGAGGCUGAGGAUUUUGUGUUAUUUGCGGACUGGGCAUUUGGCCCCAACGGACUGCCGGCCCUACAGGUUCUCGCGUUUGGGGACUUCUCUCACGGUGAUCGAUACAGGAGCCAGCAGUUUCUAAUGCGUCGUGUCUAUCCUUCAUCGGAGGGCGGUGACAAGGAGCUUGCCGGCCUUGCAUGCGAUGAUACGACGCGGCUGCGCUUUUGUUCGGCAGAUAUAGGUGACCCUUCGAUUUGGGAUGGUGCUAUGGUGGACGGGGCUCGUUUUCUGUCCGCAUGCCCAGGAGGCGGGUUGAUGGAGUCACCGUACGAGUUGUAG